GGUGGGAUGGUAACCAGUGAUGGUAAUUUUCUCAUCCUCGUUGUGGAUCUAUAAGGGACCUGAGGUCCUAUUUCAAAUUUUAUGGUAAUAAAAACGUAAGAGCUAGGGAAAGCAGUGAGGUCCCCUUUUUCGCUGCAUGGAAACGCACAAAUCAAAGAAAAUAUAACAGAGCUCGCAUGGUCUCAUUCUAUAUAAAGCACCAAGGUUAACCAACUCUUUGUUUUAUUAUUUUGCACUCCCAUACACACAGUAGCACACACUCCCCACCCCAGCAUUGCUUACAGAUUCUCCACCUUUAAAUAGAACCAAUCACUUCUUACCCGCCAAGCUAGCAUUCUACCAAAGAACUUGUCAAAUUGCCCUGCUUGGCCUCCUUCACUCUUCAGCCUACCUGUCUAAGAGAAGAGCUCCAUGUGCACAUUGCUCCUCAAGAUAACAACAUGUUUGUCCUGAUUUCUUCUCACAUCUCCAUUUUGAAUGGCCAGCUAUUAUUCUUUAUUGAAAAGUAGAGGGAGCAGAGAGGAUAAAACAUGGGGAGGGGUGGUAGGAUUUCGAGGGCGCUAUUAGGAGCUGUUAUAUUUUGGGGGGUGAUCUGGUUCUUGUAUGUUGGAAUCCUACCAAACCGUGCAACGACACUAAUGGCAAGGAUUAGAGUUCCAGAAGCCGGGACUUUCCAGCAUCUGAAGCUAUCUGGAAGAGAGAGUCAUCUUAUUCGUCAUGACAUGGAUCUCAAUUAUGUGAGCAAGAGAAGAGUGCCCAAUGGACCUGAUCCUAUUCACAACAGGAAAACAGUCCAGUCUAGACAACCACCUGGUCAAUCCUAAGUUUGAAGCGACCAAGAACCUUUAAACUUGCGAGGAAGAAUCACAUCCAUUGAGUUUUAGGGCUGCAUGGAGUGCUACUAGAUUUCAGUGGAAAAAUCACUCUUGUAUUCAACUAAAAAAUUGUCAUUGCUAGGGGCUGUGAGUGCACAGAUAUGUUAUGCUUGGAUUUCCUGCAGUUUAUAUAUUUGGAGUUUGUUGAGUGAUUACCGUAAUUAUUAGUGCUAUAGAAUUUGGAGACUAUCCCAUGAUUUUGUUCAAACGAGCAUCCUCUAUAUCAUGAAUCUUGUGCAUUCUGCCGGACGAUUGGAACAGACUAGGAGGGAGACCAUAUCAUCUCAAAUAUCUGGAACCGUUCGUACACCAACUUUGAGAAAAGAAGAUUGAGCUUUUGAAACAUAUGCGUGUUACCUGUUCAACAAUUUAUUUUUUCCCCUUUCUUUUAAAAGCAACAAGGGAUCAUGGAUAGGUUUUUUUAUUUCAUUUUACAUGAAAAGAAUGGAACACUGUCCAAGAAAGUUUUCUAGUCUCCGUAGAUGAUUACUUGGACUGUAACAUGAAUUAUAUACUGCUUACUAGUCAGCUAA